AUGAGGAUCCACAUGGCGCAAGCUGGACCGAUGCAGGAAGGCUUUCAUAUCUCGACCGGUCUAGUUAACGACUUGGAUCACACGAGCGGAUCUCAACUCCCCGCGAUGUCACACACUGUACUCCUUCCUGACGGAAAUUACGUUCAAGUGCGUCAGACUCAUACAGUGUUACCACCGCCUGCAGGUUUCGUGGAAUUCCCAACAUCCGUGACCCUACCGUACUUUUGGGAUCAACGAGAUGCUGCAAAAUGGGGGCAAGCGCUUCAAGAGAACGCGGACAGCGGCCUAACCCCAUCGAACUGGAUACCACAUGUCCAUCCUCAGUACAAUUUACCUCACGUGCCCGUGGUACCUCCCUACCAAGUCCCCGGGCCAAUUUCUCAACACGGAUCAUACCCCUUGGCUCCAAACAUCCAUGCAUUUUCUGAUCCUGUAAGACAGCAAGUGAGACCCACAAAGAAACAAUGGAGGACUUCUCAGAGCGGAAGGAAGCCGAAAAAUGCAGAUCUCAAGCCUCAAACAAAUCUUGAAGACGCCAGGCAUCAUUCUCAAGAAGACUUGAAGGGAAAAGGUGUCUCAAGUGAGAUCAAUUUGGACGAGACAUCAAGACCAAUGGGCUUUGAACAGAAAAGCACUGCGGGGCAAGCUGACCAGUCGAAAAAAAUGAUGAGACCUAAUCUUUCACAGCUAGAAGCUUGGCCUUUUAACCGCGGUAUUAAUCAUCCAAGUCGUAAACCUCCCCAUGCUUUGGACGCAGAUUCCGCUAGCUUUCAGCCAUCAACAGCUCCAUCUCAGAUGCGUGGCACUGUUGAUGCCAUUCCGUCUUCUUCCCUUGAUCAAGUCUUGGUGCACAACAGUGCUUCAGUUUCACAAGUUGAGGAAGCAGGUCCCAAGAAAAAUCUAGAGCUGGCUUUUGGUAACAGAGGGGAAAGUGUCAAGGUUCAGGGAACCAAGGAAUCACAAGAAUUACCGAGUACAUCAAUGCCAACAGCAAAGCAGGAUACGCUGGUACCGUCAGGCUCUCAAGUUUCAGACAAAAAAAACUUGCCAAACCAAGAAGUAUCAAAAUCAUCUUCAUCGGAAUCUUCAAAUCCUUUACACGAACAGUCAAGAGAGCAAGAAUGGGAAGUGUACCACAAGAAAAAUAAAAAACCUGGAAAAUAUCCACCGUUGAAAGGCACCUCCAAAUUGGAUGGAAUUGGACAUCAACCUUUGAGCUAUAGACCGGAACACAUUCAACUAGACAAAGGCAAAGAGACAAAGGACGCAAAUUUGGAACAUCCACAAGAAGGAGAACACAAGGUUGAAGAAGAGAACCCUGAGGCAAAGAUGGUGUCCGGAUCUCAGUCAAAUCUAGAUAAUGAAACACCAGCUGCGGGCAUGAGUGGCGAGCAGAAGAAAAACAACAGAAAGAAUAGAAAGAAUAGAAAGAAAGGUUUGAAACAAUCUGAGGCUGAGCCGUUGGAUGGUGAAGACCUUUUGAGCGCUGCGGCCUAUUUGGACCCCAAGACCAAAUCGAUGAUUGAGAAAAGCAUAUGGUACAUGGUCAAAGGCGACAAUCCAAAACCCUUAUUAGAUGUAGGGCUCGACCUUCCGAUUUACAAUAAAAUAUUCACGCUAGACGCGAAACAAAAUGACGAACGAUUGAAUUUGGUAGACCAAAUUGUUGAUCAACAACUGGAUCAACUAUCAGCGAAAGUUUCACUGCAAGAAGCAAGUCGUAGAUUUUUCGCUAUUCAAAUGCAAUUUUUUGAAGAAAAUCGACUUAGGAAUUGGCAGACCCAGAAAGAACGUGUGGGUGAAGCUGUAAAAGAGAUCAUGGAAAUGUUGAAAGGAGAUGAGAUGUGGCCAGCGUUCUAUGAUGCGACACUGGAUGAGUGGAGAUUGGUGGAGAGGAAGAUCUCUGAGCUCAAUGAUGAUUCGCAACGUCAACUGGAAUCGGUGAUGCCCCAUGUUUUACGAGCCAGGCGACUUGCGACUAUUUACGCUUCCGGCCAGGCCAAGAAGAAUGGACACCAAAUGAUGUAUAGCGAAAAAGAAUUAGAAGCUUGGAUGAGACAAGGGGUAUCUGCUCCUCUUUUAAUACGAGUGGGGGAUUUACUCGAGCUAACUUCUCCAAAAGCAAACUGGAGGGAUAUACCAGACGAAGAGAUGGGGUCGAAAGCCAGUGACUUUUUCAACUGCUUGAAUGGAGAGAUAGCUCUUGGUCAUCGACUGAUCUAUAAAGAACCUAUACAUUGGUACCUCUCAGGAGCUAGAAUGUUAAUUCUUCAAGAUCCAAAGUUUGCGGGCACAUUCAAUUCUCGGUUGGAGAAGUUGAUUAAAUUUGGAGAAAAUCGUGUGACGCUGUAUGAUAAACCACUCGAGACCCAAGGCAAAAAAUCGGGGACGUCAGUGGAUCUGAAGAAGAACGCGGGUAUCUCUCAGCGAGAAGACCAGAGCUUCACAUUCUCUGAACACAUGAUUAGUACUCACUUUGGUAUCCCAUCGAACAAAUUACUCGAAUUCACAACGAUCGUAAGAUUCAAAAAUGCGGUAUCGAAAGUUUCAGGCAACAGGUCGGGAGAUAUAACCAGUCAAUUCAAAGCCGGAAUCACUUGGCCUAAGGGUAAAUUGGUUACAAGAGAUAUACAAGCACUCAAACCCCAAUUUCAUGCCUUCUUCCACUUUUUGGGAAUUCCUUUUAAUGACAAUUGA